AUGGAGAAGGCCGCCGUUGACGAGCAAGGGCUCAUGAUCCCGUUGAUCGACCUGUCCAAGUUCCUGCACGGCGACACCACCCAGCGUCAAGAGACUGCAAAGGCAAUCCUGAGUGGCUUCCAGAACGCGGGCUUUAUCUACCUCAAGAACCUGCCAAUCUCGCCCGAGACGCGCAAGCAUGUCUUCGGCACCAGCGCCAAGUUCUUCGACGGGCUCAGUCAAGACGAGAAGUUGGCACUUGGAUGGACAACCCCCGAGGCGAACAGGGGCUACUCGGCCCCAGGGCGUGAGAAGCUCACCCUGCUCAGUGAGAGCAACGAUGUAGCCAAGUUGAAGGCGGACACAUCCGACAUCAAGGAGAGUUUCGAGAUCGGUCGCGAGGGCGACCCGGACCACCCAAACCGGUGGCCUGUGGAGAAGCCUGGCUCCGAGGUAGACGGGUUCAAGUCGACCAUGCUCGACUUCCAUGAGCAAUGCAAGUCCAUCCACGUCGAGGUCAUGCGUGCCAUCGCCGUCGGCAUGGGCCUGGAUGAGGACCACUUUGACAGCUUCGUCGAUGUCGGCGACAACACGCUGCGGCUGCUGCACUACCCAGCAGUCAAGAGCGAGGUGUUCAAGGUCAACCCAGGCCAGGUUCGCGCGGGCGCGCACUCAGACUAUGGCAGCAUUACACUGCUCUUCCAGGACGGCGCGGGCGGGCUGCAAGUGCAGAGCCCGAACGGGCGGUUCGUAGACGCGACGCCGAUCGAGAAUACCUGUGUCGUGAAUGCGGGCGAUCUUCUUGCGAGAUGGAGCAACGACACCAUCAAGAGCACCAUCCACCGGGUGGUAGAGCCGCCAAGGAAGACGGAUGAGCACCCGGCCCGUUACAGCAUCGCUUACUUCUGCAACCCCAACUUCAAAAGUCAUAUUGAGGCCAUCCCUGGCACGUUUGCGGCAGAGACGGACAAGAAGUAUGAGGGGAUCAACAGCGGCCAGACGCCGCGGCGCGCGGGCCUCGACUACUACGCCCUGCUGGGCAUCGAGCCCUCGGACGACACGAUCACGCGCGAGUCGGUGCAGCGCGCGUGGCGCAAGCGGUCGCUCAAGUACCACCCGGACAAGGCGAAGGGCGCGUUCGACAAGGACAAGUGGGAGGAGUUCGGGCUCGCGCGGGACAUACUUGCGUCGGAGGAGGCGCGGGCCGCGUACGACGGGGCGCGGAACGCGGCGCUGCAGAAGGCGCGGGAGAAGGACGCCAUGAACGCGCGGCAGAGGCGGUUCGUGGAGGAGCUCGAGGAGGCGGGGCGGAGCAAGAAGCAGCGGGAGGAGGGCGCCGCGAGGCGGGAGGAGGAGGAGCGCGAGAGGGCGGUCAAGACGGCCGAGGGCCGCAGGAUCGUCGAGGAGAGGCAGCGGCUCGUGCGGGAGGCCGAGGAGAGGGAGAGGCUGAAGAGGGCCAAGGACGACGAGGCGAUGGACGACCGGAUACGCGAGCUGCAGGACCGACUUGCGGAGAAGACAAGGCGGAGGGAGGAGAAGAGGGCGAGGAGGGAGGGGAGGAAGGGCGGUGCUGCCGUUGCUGAUGAGGAGGAGGCGAAGAAGGCCGAGGCUGCUCCCGAGCCUCGUCAUGCCGCUGAGCAGCAGCCGACACACGCCGCCGAGGGCAGGACCGCACCGAUACCCCGGAGAGACGUGCCCAAGUCGGACGACCCGGUCAAGUUCUGGGAGACGCAGUGGCCCAAGACGAGGGCGAGGCUGAAAGCGGCACAGGUUGUCAAGGAGCAGAGGAUGAAGGAGGCGGGCAUCGCGGCUUGA